UCUGCGACAAUUUCACCCAUGAUUCCAAGUACUUCAACCACAUCUCUUCCUGGAUAUACAAUGCCCGUAUUGUCUAAAGGGUGUAAACCGGGGUAUUUAGGUAACAAAUGCGAAUCUCCAUGCAGAUACCCAAGUUACGGCAUCGAUUGUCAAUUGGAAUGUAAAUGUAGUGGACCUGAAAAAUGUGAUCAUGUUAAAGGAUGUGUAGAGUUAAAUCCGUUUUGUAGUACCACAAAACAUGCAGGGAAUGAAGAGGCGAUGCUGUACAGUACCAUUGUCCUAAGCAUUCUAGCUGUCUUGCAGUUUAUAGCUUAUAUUUAUCUUUCCUUUUGCUACAAUCCCUAA